GUGAGAGUAACAUGGACCAAACUAAAACAGCUCAUCCAUGUCAUUCCCAGCAGAUAAGGUUUUGUACAGAUGCUAUUCGAGCCUGAAACAUCUGUGAGAAGGAUAUCCAAAACCAGACAGUAUGGAGACUCUGAAUUUCUCCUACACUACCAACAUCAGCAGCGAUGAUAACACCGGCCUCUUCUCUGGAAGCCCUUACUCGACUUUGGAGAUUGUACUCAUCAUCCUGGUGGCUGGAUCUCUGAGUCUGAUCACCAUCAUCGGAAACAUCCUCGUCAUGCUCUCUAUAAAGGUAAACAGGAAUCUGCAGACUGUCAACAACUACUUCCUGUUCAGCCUGGCCUGUGCUGACCUCAUUAUUGGCGUCUGCUCCAUGAACCUCUACACUGUCUAUAUUGUAAUUGGCUACUGGCCCUUGGGAGCAGUGGUGUGUGACCUGUGGUUGGCUGUUGAUUAUGUUGUCAGCAACGCCUCAGUCAUGAACCUGCUCAUCAUUAGUUUUGACCGUUACUUCUGUGUCACCAAACCGCUCAGCUACCCAGCGCGCCGCAGCACCAAGAUGGCGGGUCUGAUGAUUGCCGCUGCCUGGGUCUUGUCCUUCAUCCUGUGGGCUCCAGCUAUUUUGUUCUGGCAGUUCAUUGUGGGUGGGAGAACCGUACGGCCAGGUGAGUGCUACAUCCAGUUCUUCUCAAACCCUGCGGUGACGUUUGGGACAGCCAUAGCAGCUUUUUACCUACCAGUAGCCAUCAUGAUCUACCUCUACUGGCGCAUCUCCAAGGCCAGCCGCAGCCGCAUGAGGAGGGACAGCAGGAAGACCUCAGGUACCAGUCUGGGAGAGGGCCCCUCUCACAGCCAGGAGGAUGGAUGUGAGAGCCAGAACAACUGCAUUACAACCAGAGAUGCUCAGGUGGAGCCUGGAGAUGAGAAGGAAAAGUUGAAGCAGCAGAACGGAAGCAGACCAUGUCAGGAAGAAAGAACUGACCAGGUGGACUCCAAGGCAGAUAGCAACCAGGCUUCAACGUCUAAGGACACUGCAGCCCCUGCGUUAUUACAGAAAGGCUUAAAUGGUGGGAAACAGACCAAUCAAACACAGCCACCUUCUCUGCAGAAUUCAGCAGCUGACAGACAAAGUAUGGCCACAAGGACACUGUUCAAGGUGACGAAAAAGAGUGCUGUGGCAAAGUGGAAAAGGAAGGGCAUUUCUUCCAGGGAGAAAAAGGUGACGCGCACCAUCAUGGCCAUCCUGGUUGCUUUUGUUGCCACAUGGACACCGUACAACGUGAUGGUCCUGAUCAAUACCUUCUGUUCCAUCUGCAUCCCAAACUCCCUCUGGACCAUUGGCUACUGGCUCUGCUACAUCAACAGCACAAUCAACCCAGCCUGCUACGCCCUCUGCAACACCACCUUCAAAAACACCUUUAAGCACCUGCUGAUGUGCCAAUACAAGAAUAUACGUACAGCACGAUGAAUGUUAAAA